GUUGCUUCAUUGUGCUUCUUUCCAUGUUCACUUCUCCAUAGCGAAGAUUUUUCGUGUGCCACCUAGACGACCUGAGAUUUGCAAGCCGAUAAACUCAUCACAAACCAAAUCAUAUGUUGUUGAACCCAUCGUUACACGACGAACAGCAAAUUAUGAGUCAUCGAUAUGGUCGUAUGAUCAUGUUCAAUCACUCUCUACUAAAUACUUGGUAAGAUCACCAAUUUCAGUGUUCAUAUUGAAGAUCUAAAACACGCGUCAAGGUAUCAUUUCUCUUUCGUGUAUCUACAAGCCCAAACUAAUUCGUAAUCUAUAAAUUGUUUUAUGGAAUAAUGGAUUUUAAUAAUCCUAACUAUUAGCAGUUGGCCGUCAAGGGUCCCAACCUCAAAAAUAACCAGUGGUGGUCCCACCUUUUCAUAUAUUGUAAACCAAUAGACUUUUACUAAACCGAAAAGAUAAGGGGACAAAAAGAAAUUAAGGUUCUAUUAGUAAAGGUCCAUUAGUUUAUAGUGAUGACAGGAGCUUGCAGCUUGGGAAGUGUAGUGGUCGCGUUAACCCGUGUUGGGUUUUACAUAAAUUUUAAACUUUGAACUUCCGAUCGAACUGUUUAACUUAUGCUUCCGCUAUUUACCUUAAGCUUUGUUCUUGAACUUAAGACUUUGGAUGUAAACUUUAUUAGUCACCUAUCGUAUUUUGAUAAAACUACUUUAUUACUUCGAAUGUUUAAUAUGAUCGGUGGUUAGAUCUUGGUCAGUCACACGCCUCGCGGUAGUACUCUGCAAGUGGAAUUUGAGGGUGUGACAGUGUUCAUCGCUAAAGAAAUAGAUGGCCCUUGUAAAAACUAUUUACAAAAUUUAAAGUUAAACUAAAUUAUGUUGGUGGGACGUUAACUGAACACAAAAUAGACGUAAAACCCUUGAACAACGCACAAGCGUUGCGGCGUGUUAACUCGACAAAUUCAGAGUGAAAUGUAUUAUAUUAUCGUAGAAAAAAAUAACUAAGUCAAAACACUAACAGAACCACAUAAAAAGGAAAAUAAAAAACUAAAAAACUUUAAUGACUUGUGCGUCUAUGCUUUGAUGACUUGUACAUUAUGACAUGCAAUUCCGCUAAACGAAACUUGCAUCGAAACGUAGAUAAAUAAAUAACCAAUCAAAAGCAACUAUUAUUCAAAUGUGUUUGAAUUAAUAAUAUUAAUAGUUAAAUAAAUUAUAAAGUACAGAGUUUUUUAAAUUCAAGCUAAAUCAUAAGGGUUAUUUUGUAGUUUUGCUAAUACUCUAACGAAAGAAAAGUAAAAUAUAUCACAUACAAUUAAUAAAAGCGUAUACAUAAUGUUUGUGAAUAUAUAACAAGAAGAAACUAAAAAAAUAUACAUUACAUCCACCUAUUGAUCUAUGGAAUUGUAUGUCAUUCAACGGCUACAAUUGAAUAGUAACUUUAUGAGGAGAGUAAGUUUUAUAACUUUGAACGGCAAAUUUCUUUUAAUUUUUGUUGUUUGUAUGAGAGGAAUAACUUUCACAAGAGGAUUAGAAUCUCACCACUGAGGGAGGUAACACCUUCCUAGUUCUUUGUUAUGACCGUAUGAGUCCUUUGGUCAGUAUUUUGUUAUUUUAUGAUCAAACAAGAUAUUAUAAUUUUUUGAAUGUGAAUAUUUCUUAGAAUAUGAGAUAGGACAUGUGGCUAAAUUAUGUCCAUGCCAUCCCAUGAUAUUACAUAUAAUGUUGUAUAUAGUGCUACUUUCUAACAUUUGUCUUCUAUCAUGGCUUCAUUGUGCUUCUUUCCAUACUCACUUUUCCUUAGCAAAGAUUUUCAUGUGCCACCUAGACGACCUGACAUUUGCAAACCGAUAAACUCAUCACAAACCAAAUCAUAUGUUGGUGAACCCAUCGUUACACGACGAACAGCAAAUUAUGAGUCAUCGCUAUGGUCGUAUGAUCAUGUUCAAUCACUCUCAACUAAACACUCGGAAAAAGAUUACGCAGCUAGAGCAGAAAAUCUAAAGGAAGUAGUGAAGACGAUGAUACGAAAACAUAGUGUGGUGGAAAAUCCGUUAAGAGGCCUCGAAUUAGUUGAUGAUUUGCAGAGACUUGGGAUUGCGUAUCAUUUUAAGGAGGAGAUAAGUGAUGUCUUGGAGAAGAUUUACUACGAAAUUCGCUACAAGUGGAGUGGAAUGAACUUGAACCACCAAUCUCUUGGUUUUCGACUGCUAAGACAACAUGGUUAUCCGGUCACCCAAGACAUAUUUGGCAACUUUAAGGACAAGAUUGAAAAUCUUAACCCGUGUCAGUACGAGGAUUUAGUCACGAUUUUGAACUUAUACGAGGCGUCUUAUCAUUCGUUCGAGGAUGAGAGCGUACUUGAUGAAGCAAGAGACUUGACAAAAAAAUAUCUUGAAGAAAAACUAGACGGUGUUAAUGUAAGUAUAGCACCAUUAGUAAGUCAUGCUUUAGAGGUUCCACUGCAUUGGAGAGUACCGCGGGUAGAAGCAAGAUGGUUCAUUGAUGUAUAUGAGAAAAGAAAUGACAUGAAUCCAACAUUAAUCGAGCUUGCAAAAUUGGAUUUUGAUAUGGUUCAAGCUAUUCAUAUUGAAGAUCUAAAACACGCGUCAAGGUGGUGGAAAAAUACAAGUUGGGAUAAGAAGUUAACCUUUGCUCGUGACCGGUUGGUGGAGUGUUUCCUGUGGACCGUAGGUUAUAGUUACGUACCAUGGUUUAGUACUGGAAGGAGAGAGAUAACAAAGGUCAACGCCAUGAUUACUACUAUUGAUGAUGUCUAUGAUGUUUAUGGUACUUUGGGUGAACUGGAACUAUUUACUGAUGUUAUCAUCAGAUGGGAUAUCAAUGCGAUCGAUGAACUCCCAGAGUAUAUGAAAAUAUGCUUCCUUGGACUCUACAACACAACAAACAAUGUCGCGUAUGACAUUUUGAUAAACUCAAGAAUCCAUGUCCUUCCGUACCUAAAGAAAGCGUGGGCAGAUUUAUGCGAGUCAUACCUUCGAGAAGCAAGGUGGUACCAUAGUGGACAUACACCAACACUCAAUGACUACUUGAAUAAUGCUUGUGUAACAAUAGGAAGUCCUCUAACACUCAUGUAUAUGAAGAUUUUAACAUCUGUUACUUCAACCGAAGAGAUUGUACAAUGGUUUGAAGAAUCUAAGAAUAUAGUUAACCAUACAGCGUUAAUCGUUCGACUUGCUGAUGACCUAGCAACAUCCUCGGAUGAAAUGGAAAGAGGGGAUAUCUCAAAGUCGAUCCAAUGUUACAUGCAUGAAAGUGGUGCAACUGAAGACGAAGCUAGAAGGCAUAUCAAAAACUUAAUUUUGAAAACAUGGAAAAAACUUAACAAAGAACGCGUGAAUGCUAAAUCCCAGCUUCUGCGGGAAACUGUAGACUAUGCAAUGGACAUUGUUAGGAUGGCACAGUUUAUGUACGGUAAAGGAGACGGGCAUGGUCGUCCAAAUGUGACUAAAUCUCAUGUACUAUCAUUGUUGUUUAAUCCUAUCCAAGGGAUAUAUUGUCAAUAAUCUGUGUAUGGAUGUUUGUAUAGAUUAAAAAAAAAUAUAAAUAUAUGCAUAUAAGCAAAUACAAAAAAUUAUACUUUUUUACGUAAA